AUGGGUAAGGACAAUCUGGCCGUUAGCAUCGAGGAAAGACCCCUGGGGUCGAUCGACAAGCCUUCUGUGGAGUGGGUUGAAGUCAAGGACGAAGAGGCUGGCGUUGAUGAAGCCGCUGUGGAUAUCGAGAAGUUUUCAGACAUUGACGAGAAGAAAUUGCUCUGGAAGAUCGAUCUUCACUUGAUUCCGCUUUUUACUGUUUUGUACUUGCUUAGCUUUUUGGAUAGAGGCAACAUUGGAAAUGCCAAAAUAGAGGGUCUUUCCGAGGACUUGAACUUGGUUGGCAACCAGUACAACUUGUGUUUGACGAUUUUCUUCAUUUUUUACGCUUCCAUGGAGAUCCCUUCAAAUGUCAUUUUGCACCACGUCAAGCCUAGAUUGUACAUCCCCACCACGAUGGUGUUGUGGUCGGUUGUCAUGACAUUGAUGGGAACAGUGCAGAACUAUCACCAGCUCAUGGCCACCAGAGCGCUUUUGGGUUUGUUUGAAGCUUCGCUUUUCCCGGGCAUUUCGUACAUUUUGUCGAUGUACUAUAAGAAAUCGGAGAUUCUCGUCAGAGAGGCUAUUUUCUUCAGUGCCGCCUCCAUAGCCGGUGCUUUUUCGGGGCUUUUGGCUGCUGCAAUUUCUCAAAUGGACGGAAUUGGUGGAUAUGAGGGCUGGAGAUGGAUUUUCAUUUUGGAGGGUUUGCUUACCUUUGUCGCUGCCGCCUUGUCGUACUUUUGUUUCCCAUUGUACCCCAAGGAAAGUACUUUCCUUACGCCUAAAGAGCGUGAGUUUGUGGUUCACAGGGUGAAGUACUCCUCCAAUGCUGAAAAUCAGAAAAUGACCGGAGCUGGUGCUCCUCCUUCCAUGAACUUGGGUGAGGAUAAUUCUGGUAAUGCCUCCAACGUCUGGGCUGUUUUCAAGGACUGGCAGUCGUGGUGCCAGCUUAUGACCUACUACGGAGUCUGUGUGCCUCUCUACGGUGUGUCCUUGUUUACACCCACAAUUGUCAAAAACUUGGGCUACACAUCUACACGUGCACAGCUUAUGUCGGCACCUGUUUACAUUGUGGCUGCUGUGUUCUGUAUUUUCCAGGCCUGGGUCUCCGAUAGAGUGGGCCUCAGAACACCGUUUUUGACAUUUGACUUGGUAUGUAUCGCAGUCGGCUACAGCAUUUGUUUGGCUCUCUCACCGGAGGAUCUGCCUCGGGCCGUCUAUGCUGGAGUUUACAUUAUGGCGUUGGGUAUCUAUUCUGCUUUCCCGCUUGUGGUGAUUUGGUUCUCCAACAACUUAGCUGGAUCGUACAAGAGAGCCGUGGGCAUGGCCUUCCAAAUUGGUAUUGGCAAUUUUGCCGGUGCAUUUUCGUCAAACUUCUACAGAGAACAGGAUGCUCCCGAGUACAAGUUGGGCCAUGGCCUUGAGCUUGGAUUCUCCGUCAUGGGUCUUCUUUUUAUGUUUAUCACUAUAAUCGGCUACGUUGCAAGUAACCGAAAGAAGAAGAGAGAUCUUGCAUUGGGCAAGUACGAUGGAGUUCCUCCCGAGGAGCUUGUCAAGAUGGGCGACAAGAGUCCCCACUUUGUGUACCGUUUGUAG